AUGGGAAGCACUCCGUAUCCAGCCGGCGAGUGGAAGGGUAAGGGCCGAGGCGGCCUGCAAGAGCUGGGCUGCAUGCGCUGGAAGGUCAGCAAGCAGAAAGGAGGAGGAGGAGGAGGAGGGGAGGUGGUGGUGGGAGUGGGAGUGGGAGUGGAGGAGAGGAGGUGCCGGGAUCCCACGGAUUCUCAGCAGCAGCAGCAGCAGCAGGAUCUCUCAUCCUCCUCUUCCUCCCUCGCCCCUCCUCUGCCUCCUCAACCCUCUCUGACACCUCCAGCCAUUUAUCACGAGAAGCAGAGGAGGGAGCUGUGCGCCCUGCACGCGCUCAACAACGUCUUCCAGGACGGGACGGCCUUCAGUCGGGACACCCUGCAGGAGAUCUACCAGAGGCUUUCUCCCGGCACUCUGGUGACACCUCACAAGAAGAGCAUGCUGGGAAACGGGAACUAUGACGUAAACGUUAUCAUGGCAGCCCUGCAGACCCGAGGGUUCGAGGCAGUCUGGUGGGAUAAAAGAAGGGAUGUAGGCAGCAUCGAGCUGUCCAACGUGACGGGCUUCAUUCUGAACGUGCCAUCCAACCUGCGCUGGGGGCCUCUCCGGCUGCCGCUCAAGCGCCAGCACUGGAUAGGAGUCAGAGAGGUGGGCGGAGUCUACUACAACUUGGACUCCAAGCUGCGUAGCCCUCAAACCAUCGGCAACCCGGACGAGCUCAGGAAGUUUCUACGCCAGCAGCUGCGAGGGAAGAACUGUGAACUCCUAUUGGUGGUCUCAGAGGAAGUGGAGGCCCACCAAACAUGGCGGUCCGACGGCUGAGGGUUUAACCAGCCGAUCGCAGCGCCAAACCGGGCCCCAGGGGGCCAGUCACAGAAUGAACAGGAGAAGGAAGUAAAGUGAUGCACAGCCAAUCACAUGGAUGCACAGUUGCAGAUAUCCCCCUCCCCCCUACCUUUUUUGGGUUUUGUUUACACAGCCAUUGCUGGACUCUUAUGUGAGAGGACGCAAAGCAAUGACGGAAGCAAACACUUUAUAGGGAGAGUCAGAGAAUCACAGUCCUUUACUAUCAACACAGUUAAGACUUAUAAUACGUUACUAUUCUGUUUCUGCUAUUCUGUUUUUAUAUAUAUUGACUAUUUUUCAAUGUCGGUUUUGAUUUUUGAUUUUUUUUUUUUUUUUACUGUUCAAGUUUCCAAAGUCGUGGGAGCUCAAUGCUGUGUUUAUCUGCCGCCUCCCUCAGUGGUCCUCCCUGCUACAGUCAUGAUGGUCACCGACGCGUCUUCGUGUUUCUGUCCCUCCCUUCGCGUCGUGAAUGUCUCCGUUAACCCCCCCGUCCCAUCCUUCACUUUCACCAAAGCGUGCCCUUUCUUGCCUCUGGUAUGACUCCAUCUCACUCCUCCUCCUCCUCCUCGGCCCCCUCUUCAUAUCACAGGUCAAACAAAAUCAGUGAUUUCUCAUGUUGCCAACUUUGUAUUCCAUCCCCUUACCAAACACGUUGUGGCACAGUGUGAGCCUGUACUGUACCGGGGCUGUGCAGACGCAACAGGUUUAUAUGCAACGAAGCAAUGCAACGCCCGGGCCGAGCACUCCAUCUGGUGGAUGCUUGCCUCCGUUUCAUUUCAAGGAAAAAGUAACGGCAUCAUUCAUCCAGCUUUUUUUGUUAUUGUUCAAAUAAUUACUUGGUGGUAAUGAAGAGCGCUUGUCCUCGAGGAAAUAAUACAAAACCAAAGUCUAUCAUCUCUGAGUAGAAUAAUACUGUAUCAUUAUAUGAUGUACCAAUCAGAUUAGGGUGAUAAGAAAACCUGCUGUCUAAAUUAUUCAUCAAAAUCAAACAUUACAGAAAUUACAGGAAUUGGCCGUGACUUGGUAUUUAACCAAGUUCAGCUUCAGUUCAUUUUUGGACUUUGGAAAAAAAACAGUCGACAAAACCGUCUCAACUCAAAGUGUACUUACUAGAUUGUUCCGGAGCUUUCGACCGCAUCACACGGUCCUCAUCAGCAGACUAAGGACUCUAUGAUAAGGUCCAAAACUCCAGAUCAGUUUAUCUUGUCAAUUAUAAUCUGACUAGUUAAUGAGUUAAUGUUGCAUAUUGUCAUAUCAAUGUAAAGAAAGAUUGUUUAAUUUGUCCUCAUCACCCACAGUAGACAAAAUAAGGAUGCACCACAGGGGAUGAUGAUAUUUAUUCAUUUUUAUUUCAUAUUUAAUGGCUUCACCCUGGUCCAAAGGGCCACCACCACAGCAGCCCUCUGUAGCACAGGAGCUGAGCGGAUACAGGCCUCCUCCUCUGAGAGGGCGUCACAGACGGUCAGCGAGGGGUCCGUAACGUGUGAGCUGUCAGUCUGAGGAGAAGGUUUUGAAGGUCGGUCGAUCGAAGGGAAGUUGUCCAGUUUGAGAAGGAGGGGAAACGGAGCGCAGUGUGCCUCGGGUAGAGAAUACCGUAGAGAAGAAAACGUGGAAAGAAAAGUAAAGAAAAGUCGCCGAGCUGGCUAGUGAGCGCAUCUCCAGCCAAGAGGUGUGUUGUGGUUGAUUGUUUUUGAAACGAGCCUGUUGAGAGAUUUUGUAGCUUUCAAAUCUAUCAGCUUAAGAGGAACUGUUGAUACUGUAGGUAUUGUCUCUUCAAGACGAUAUUGGCCUUAACUUGUUUACAUAAAAGAAAAAAAAGAUAUUUGUUCCUCUGAAAGGUGAAGAGGGGAGCUGUGCAGUUUGAUGCCAUUUCAAGAGAUUUAAUCCAAAGCACCAAUUUAUCGUAUAUAGAAGAGAAACGGCUGAAGCUCAUUGAGUAGAAUUUGUUCACUUUGGCAGCCAAGGGCUUUACGUUAUUUACAGGUGUUUGAAAUACUAUGAUUUUAUACAGAUGUUUUUUUCAAUGGUGCAUGUCUUAUUUAGGAAUGACACACUUCGAUUCCAGCCCAAUCUGUAGACCUUUUUUAAUGUCAUAUUAUAACUAAGUGAGCCUGCAUCGAAACAUCUGUCGCUACUUUGCUGAGAUUCUUUGGACCCGAUCGCAUCAUGACGAGUGUCUCACAAUCACAUUCAAUGUGUGCUGGUUCUGCCAUGACAAUCCAUCCUGCCCCUCCUACUUGAGGAAAUCCUGAUUGUCACUGUGUUUUUUGUUGUUUUUUUUGCAUAGAAAUAAAAUGCUUUUCAUGGCACUUUAUGUAUAA